GAGAAAGCAACAGACGCAGCACUGCUGCAGCAACUGACGGGCUUUGUGACGUCCACCGACUCAUGCACCCUCCACCCCACCACGGAGGCAGUCGCCGAGCCCGCAACAGCUCCCCGGCACUUCCUCGCUCCGUUAUUCCUAACCUACACCCGACGGCCGCGUUAGGCUGCGACCCCACAGCCCCUGUGCGAGGAUAAAGCCCGGCCUUGGCGGUAGUGAGUAGCACAUCAGCGGCGGAGGGCGAAGCUAAGAUGGCGAGCUCAGUGCGAUCCACUCGUCCGCUCCACCUCACGGUUCCCACACUCGUGGUGCUGUCCCUGUGCGCGGCAGCGGCGUGGCCGCGCGGAGCGGCCAUGGAGGGCGCGUAUCGCCCAGCCCACAGUGGCACCACGGGGGGCACGCCCGGGCUCACAGCGCAGCCCGUGCGCGGUGGCGGUGGCGGUGGCAGUGGCGGGCGGCGGCGGCUGCAGGGCGCAGGCGGGCCGAUCUACUACCGCAACAGUGGCCCCAUCAUGUUCGCGAACGUGGCGGUGAACUUCAUCUGGUAUGGCGACGGCAUCGCGGCCGCCACCAAGCAGGUCAUGCGCAACUUCGUCAGCGCACUCACCAACACCUCCGACCCCGCCAACACACUGCCGCUGUGGUGGAACAUCAACCGGCGGUACACGAACAGCAUAGCGCGCAACGUGACGGGCAACAUCACGCUGGGCAAGGAGCUUGUAAUGACGGGCGGCGACCUGAUCGGGUACAACGCCACCAUGCAGGUGGUGCGUGGGGCUGUGAUCUCAGGGCUGAUCAACCUGAGCGCGAAUGAGAUCACGUUCCUGGUGACGGCGAACAACGUGACGCAGUCGGGCAUGAAGAGCAGCGACGACAAGAUGUACUGCCUGGACUACUGCUCCUGGCACAACUUCUUCACCUACAACAGCACCAACAUCAAAUUUGUCUGGAUGGGCGACCCCACUGACAUUUGCAACCGCUGCGCCAUCCCAUCGGAGGUGUUCAACUACUGGCAGGUACCGCACGGGGUGCCGGUGCUAGAUGGCAUGGCCAACCAGAUGGCGUACCAGCUGGCCGUCACCACCUCCAACUGGGACCUCCGGACGUGGACUGACAACUACUCCAACGAAAAUGCUCAGAAGUGCCUCGGAUGGUUUGGCGGGUACGAGGAUCUGCACGUGGAGUCGGGCAACCAGAGCAUGGUGGCGUGGAACCAGCAGGGGCUCAACGGUGAGAGGUUUCUCAUCCAGGGCAACUGGGACCGCACCUCCAACACCAAGUGCCUCCUCUCCGCUCCCUACCCACCUGCACCCCCACCCCCCCCAUCUCCUCCGCCACCUCCUUCCCCUCCACCAUCUCCUCCCCCCCCAGUCCCCCCCCGCCCUCUCCGCCUCCUCCAUCCCCACCCCCCUCUCCCCCGUUGCCACCACCCUCCCCCCUUCCCCUCCCCCACCAUCUCCUCCUCCUCCAUCCCCUCCUCCUCCAUCCUCUCCUCCUCCAUCCCCUCCUCCUCCUCCAUCUCCUCCUCCUCCAUCCCCUCCACCCCAUCCCUCGCUUGUGCGCCCGAACCCACCACCCCUGCCCCCUCCGGUGCCCCGCCCCAUGACUGACUUUGUCAAAUGGUUCCGCAAGCGUUUUGGCCGCUGGCCCCCUGGUUUUGCUCCGAGGACCAAGCCAAACCGUAUACACUCUCAAGGUCUUGCGGGAUAGAUGGCAAGUGGGUGGAUUGAGAUACAUGUGGUUCGGUGUUUGUAGUUAAAUAAAUUGGGUGUUGUUUUGAUGUAUUCCGUAUAUGGAUGAGGAAACACUUCAUGGCUUGGUUGGUUUCCAAUGUUGGAGAGAAGAGGACCUUUACUCCAAG